AUGGUCCGCGUAGCCCGCGCCCUUGGUCUGAUCAUACUGUGCGUGGCGGUGCUCAUCCUGUCGCUUAUCAGCUACGUUUCCCUGCGGAAGGACAGCCUCUUUGGGACGGCCGUCGGGGGGCCCAGGAUCAUGUUCCACGCGGGCUUCCGAUCACAGUUUGCCAUGAACUUCCUGGACCCCUCCUUCAUCCCGCUGACCAACGCCCUAAACGAGGAGCUCCAGGGGAAACCGUCCAAGUGGAAAUUCAACAAGACCGCCUUUUUCCAGCAGAGGAAGGACAUCUUCAACUUCAUCGACAUUCCGCACAACUUCUCUCUGACCAAAAGCAGCGUGCGCGUGGGCCAACUGAUGCACUUUGACUACUCUAGCCACAAGUAUGUGUUCUCCAUCAGCAACAACUUCAAGUCUCUGCUGCCCGACGCCUCGCCCAUCUUGGACAAGCACUACGGCACGUGCGCGGUGGUAGGCAACAGCGGCAUCCUGACAGGCAGCCGCUGUGGCUCCGAGAUCGACGGCGCCGACUUUGUGUUUCGCUGCAACUUCGCACCCACCGAAGUGUACGCCCAGGACGUGGGCCGCAAGACUAACUUAACCACGUUCAACCCCAGCAUCCUGGAGCGCUACUAUAACAACUUGCUGACCAUCCAGGAUCGCAACAACUUCUUCCUGCACCUAAAGAAGCUGGAGGGCGCGAUCCUUUGGAUCCCAGCCUUCUUCCUACACACCUCGGCCACCGUCACCCGCACUCUGGUGGACUUUUUCGUGGAGCACAAGGGCCGGCUGAAGGUGGAACUGGCCUGGCCCGGGAACAUCAUGCGUGACGUCAACAAAUACUGGAAGACCAAGAACCUUUCCCCCAAGCGCCUGAGCACUGGCAUCCUCAUGUACACGCUGGCAUCAGCCAUGUGCGACGAGAUUCACCUAUACGGCUUCUGGCCCUUCGGCUGGGACCCCAACACGGGCAAGGACCUGCCCUACCACUACUACGACAAGAAGGGCACCAAGUUCACCACCAAGUGGCAGGAAACUCACCAGCUGCCCAGUGAGUUCAAGCUGCUCUACCGCCUGCAUCGCGAUGGCGUCACCAAGCUCAGCCUGACGCACUGCACGUAA